UUUUAUAUUUAUAAAAUAAAAAGUUAAUUGUGUUUGUGAUUUUUGCGGCAAGUUUAAAAUUUAUAUUUUACCUGAAAAUCGACCUCCCAAAGUAUAGAUAAGGUGUAUCCAUAAUAAUUACAUACACCUGCGUCAAAAAAAAGGCGUCGUCAUUGAAUAACCAAAGUAAUCUCGAUUGAUCACACGCGACAAGUGCAUUUCCUGCUGUUACUUUUUUUUGAAACAACGAAAAUGGUAACUGGACGAGCUUUGCACUUUGUUUUCAAAAUCGCUGAGCGCAAGCUCACCGCCAAGUUUUACCGAGAGGUCCUUGGUAUGAAGGUGCUGCGUCACGAAGAGUUCAGCGAAGGCUGCGAAGCUGCUUGCAAUGGACCGUAUGCUAAUCGAUGGAGUAAAACUAUGAUUGGAUAUGGUCCAGAGGACACGCACUUUGUCGUUGAGUUAACGUACAACUAUGGUGUAAGCCAAUACGAAGCUGGCAAUGAUUUUCAAGGUAUUACUAUUAGAUCUAAGGAAGCCAUUGAGCGAGCUAAGAAACAUAACUGGCCUACCAAGCAGGAGGAUGGCAAAUGUGUAUUGGAAGCACCUGGUGGUUACAAGUACUACAUUAUUGAUGAACCUCAACCCACUGAUAAAGAUCCUGUUCAAAAGGUUUCUUUAUCGUGCUCAAAUCUCAAACGGACUAUUGCCUACUGGAAAGAUAUUUUGGAAAUGAAGCUAGUUGAAGAGAAUGCCAAGACAGCUAUUUUGCAGUAUGGUGAUAAUCAAGCCAAGCUUGAAUUUAAAGACAUUGGUACUGCUGUGAAUCAUGCCAAAGCCUAUGGGCGCAUAGCGUUUGCAGUCCCAAAAGCUGAACAAGAAGGCAUUCGCCAAAAAAUCAAAGAGAGCAACAACAAAAUUUUAACCGAUUUAAUAAGUCUUGAUACUCCUGGAAAAGCUACUGUGACAGUGAUAAUUCUAGCAGAUCCUGAUGAUCAUGAGAUUUGUUUCGUUGAUGAGGAAGGCUUUAGGCAGUUGUCUGUUCCUGAUUAUCCAAGCGAGGCGAUUUUGGAUAGAUUCAUUAAAAAAGAAGAGGAUAAAAAAUUGUAAAAGUACUUAUGUCAAAAAUGUCGUGAGUUCAUAUUAAUAAUGAACAAAACUUAAGUAACAACUCUUUCGUAAGAUAUUGUAUU